GGGGUUAGCUGUCAACGACGUAGCCGGGAAGGGCAUGAUAUGGAGCUACAGUUCCCGGUAGACAGUUAUACAUGCGUCGUAGCUUCUUAAAAGUACAAACGGGCUUUUCUAGGGGGUGUUUUCUAUAAACCAGGUCCGCGGCUGUUUUUGUUUUCGACAUCUUGAACUAACGAGCUAACCGGCUAGCUAGCUAGCUGUUAAAAAGGUAACUUCAAACAGCCUCAUGGCGUUGAUCCUGUUUACGAGGUCUCGGGCACCUUUAAUGAAAACCUCCAGGUCGUUGAAGAGCGAGUUCAGGAAAGGUCGAGGGAAGCUACAAGAUGGAUCCUGUUUCAACUGCACAGCUCUCAGACUCUCCAGUCAAACACGACUUGGCAGUUUCGCCCAGGUGUCUUCACUCGGGUCCUCCAUCCCCUCACCAGGUGGAUAUGUGGGAGCCAACCAGAGCCCAGACACACGGCGCCGAUACUGUAUGCUGGGGGCCUCUUCUUCAGCGUACCCCGCGGUCACGAUGGGGGCCCGCUGGACGAUAGCGCGACCGCAGGCCGUAGCCGGCGUUCGCUGGAUACACGCCUCGGGGAGGAGGUGGGACGACUCCAAGGUGGAGAAGUCGCUGCGUUCGUUAAAGGACAAGAAGAAGAAGCUGGAGGAAGGAGGGCCGGUGUACAGCCCGACGCUGGACGUGAAGCCCGUGAGGAGGACGGUCAAACAGUGGGUCGUAGACGAGGUCAAGCAUUACUACCACGGCUUCAGGCUGCUGUGGAUCGACACGACCAUCGCGGGGCGAAUGCUGUGGAGGGUGUUGAACGGACAGCCGCUGUCCCGCCGCGAGAGGAGACAGUUCCUCAGAACGUGUGCCGACCUCUUCAGACUCCUUCCCUUCCUGGUGUUCAUCAUCGUCCCCUUCAUGGAGUUCCUGCUCCCCGUGGCUCUGAAACUCUUCCCCAACAUGCUGCCGUCCACCUUCGAGACAAAGUCGAAGAAGGAGGAGAGGUUGAAAACGGAGCUGCGAGUGAAACUGGAGAUGGCCAAGUUCUUGCAGGACACCAUCGAGGAGAUCGCUCUGCGGAACAAGGCGGUCCAGGGGAACGCCACGGAGGAGUUCUCCACCUUCUUCCAGAAGAUCCGGGACUCCGGAGAACGUCCCAGCAACGAGCAGAUCAUCCGGUUCUCCAAACUGUUCGAGGACGAGCUGACUCUGGACAACCUGACGCGACCUCAGCUGGUGGCUCUCUGCCGUCUCCUGGAGCUCCAGUCCAUCGGGACCAACAACUUCCUCCGCUUCCAGCUCAUCAUGAAGCUGAGGACCAUCCGUGCAGAUGACAAGCUGAUCGCGGAUGAAGGCGUGGCGAGUCUGAACGUGAACGAGGUGCAGGCGGCCUGUCGCGCCAGAGGGAUGAGGUCUCUCGGGGUCACAGAGGAUCGACUGAGAGAGCAACUCAUCCAGUGGCUGGAGCUCCACCUGAAGCAGCAGAUCCCCACCUCCCUGCUACUGCUGUCUCGAGCCAUGUUCCUCCCCGACACCCUUUCCCCCGCCGACCAGCUGAAGACCACGCUGCAGACGCUGCCCGAGAUGGUGACGAAGGAGGCCCAGCUCAUGGUGGCAGAGAUGGCUCUCUCCAAAGUGGACAAUAAGGCCAAACUGGAGUCUACGCUAAAGGAGGAGGCGACCAUACGCCAGGACAACAAGGACAGGGAGAUGGAGCGGUUGGCGGACGCUGCAGAGAAGGCUGCCCGGGAGGGCGAGUUGGAGUUGGAAGCAGAGUCGGUCAAAGCUGACAUGGCUGCUCAUUCAGAGACGCUGAGGGACACGGCGCCGGUCAUAGAAGGGCUCAAGUGGCAGAGAUUCCCGCGGCCCCAGGGCGAGGAGAUCACCAAAGAGGGGAUCGACCUGUUGAGCGACGCGUGCUCGAAGCUGAAGGAGCAGAAGAGGCUGCUGACCCUGGAGAAAGAAGAGCUCGAAGAACUGAAGGACGACGUCCAGGAAUACAACGAGGUGCCCGACCCGUCGUAGAAACAGAGACGAGGCGU